AAUGCGGUACAAGUGUGGUCCUAAUUAAGCAAAUUAGCACCACUGAGUUACGCUUGCUUGAUGCCAGGAGAAGCAGCAACAAAACAAAGCUGUUGAGACACGAAGAGCAACAACAGAGAGAUGUUUCGUUGUUUAAAAAUGCUUCCUCUGUCGCUGAAGAUCUGCCUGGGUGUGUGCCUCCGACAGGAUAUCUCAGAGGAAAGUAAAAAAGCCCAAAUAAAGAGCUCCACAAUCGAGCAAGACCUAAGUGAUCAUGCCAGGGCUGAAAGGGAUGUAAUCAAAAUUCUCAUGCUUGGAGUUGCAGAGAGCGGAAAGAGCACAAUAAUCAGACAGAUGAAGAUAAUACACAGCCGUGGCUUCUCCAGCCAAGAACUUCUUAGUUUCAAGCCUGCAGUGUUGGAUAACCUUCUAACAUCUAUGAAGAUUGUUCUGCAAGGAAUGGGCAAGUUACGGAUAAACCUCGCAAAUAAUAAGAACAAGAUCCAGGCCCGCUCCAUUCUGUCCUGCAGCCAGUGUUUGGGAGACGAUCAGCAGCUGCUCCCUUUUGUGGCUAUAGCCUUCUGUGCUCUUUGGGCUGACCAAGGGGUGAGGGCCGCUGCAGCCAGAGGAUACGAGUACGAUCUGAACGACUCUGCCCACUACUUCUUUGAAAACAUAAGUCGAAUCAUCUCGCCAAACUACAUUCCCACGGAGAUGGAUGUCCUGAGAGUCAGAGUGAGGACCUGUGGAAUCAUUGAGACACAGUUUCAAGUAGAUGAAACAAUCUUUAGAUUGUAUGACGUUGGUGGCCAACGCAGUGAAAGAAGAAAGUGGCUGAGCUGCUUUGAUUCUAUUCAUGCCUUACUGUUUGUUGUGGCUCUCAGCAGCUAUGAUCAGAUGUUUAAGGAUCCAUCAAUGAACGGAUUUCAAGAAAGCCUUGAAUUUUUUUCAUCAAUCUGCACAAACACAGUCUUCAAGAAAACUUCCCUGAUUUUGUUUCUGAAUAAAACUGACCUUUUCCGGGGGAAGAUCCUGCACUCUGGGAGACACUUGAGAUUUUACCUUUCAAGCUAUGAAGGAGCAGACUGUGAUGUGGACACUGCAGCUCACCAUGUUGCUGCCGUGUUCUCAGCCUGUAACAUGGCCUCAAGCAGACCUGUUUACCACCACUUCAGCACGGCCAUUGACUCUGAAAUCAUGAAGCAGGCCUUCCACAUGGUCAUUGAUCAGAUCAUCAAGGAGAACCUAUCAGCUGUCCAGCUGUUGUAGGUCUCUUCUAUAUGCUGCGUUUAGUUGGCGAUUACUGUGAUUUUAUAUUUUUGUUUUAAUCCUUUUAAAACAAAAGGCCAUGUGACUUGAUAAGACAAUUUUAGAUAUGGUGCUGUUUUAUUUCUAAAUUAUUUUAAAUAAAGUAUUUGUCUCAAUCAUUUCA